UAAAAAGGCAUGUUUGUCGGCUUUUUCCAAGCUAAAACCCAUAUGUAUGCGCCUUAGUUGUGUCUGGACAGAUUUGAGUCUUGGACCGGAUAUAUAUGUAUCAUUGGAGGCAUUAUAUAAGACGUUAUCAUCAUUUUCGUCGGAGGAACCGCUUGGAAGUAAUAUAUCGGACUAUGUUUUUCUUCCACUGUCACAUUUAUGGCGUGGAUAUAGAGAUCUAGAUGAUCGUCAUAAAGAAGGGCUUUUAAAGUGUACAAAUGAGUUGAUUCGUGUGGGAUGGGGUUUAGAGAUGUCGGAUGCCCUGUUUAAGCAGUUGUGUGUGCUUUUGACGGGGUUUAUUAGGCCAGUAUCAGGUGUAAAAAGGGAUAUUCCAGAAGAUGUAUGUUUAGAAGGGCUAAAAGGGCUUUGUAUGUUAUUUAGAUGCAAGAUAGAGCGUCAGAAAUGCCUAGGAAAUGAUAAGGAAGGAUUGGAUGAGGGUUUAGUAGCGAUAAUUGGGUAUAUAAUAACGGUAUUACUUGAAAUCUAUGAAAAAACAGUAUGGAAUAGGCUACAGUAUAAAUGUAUACAAGUAUUACAGGUAUUUUUGUUUGAGAUAGUUGAGGACAAAAAGGUUUUGCGUCGUUUUUUGCCGGGAAUUAUGUCUUGUAUAUGUCAAUUGGUGGUAAAUGGCAAAAUAAAGCAUAGCAGGGCUAUAAUUGGAUCAAUUGUAUUAUCUAGAAGACUUUUAGAGACAUGUUUUGCAGAUGAUAGUUUACAAAUCGUAGAUAAUGUGGAAGUAGAGGGGAUGGAAGAGAAAAAAGGAUUAGAUCAUGUUUUUAGCAUGUUAAAUGUAGAAUCAAAUGUAUUAGAGGUAAAUAAGGAAGAUUCUAAGGGAUUGGAUGUUAGAUCAGAAGGGAAAGUAUCUGUUGGUUCACAAGAAUGGUUAGUUAAUACUCGUGAACGGGUUUAUUCAGUGUGCAAUAUUCUUUUGAGUUUAAAAGCUCAUUCUAAUAAACAAGUACGGAAAGAAAUAUUGGAAUUUUCAAUUGGGCUUUUUAAUACAUGUUUUAAAAUGCUUUGUAAUUGUAUUCAGCUUUUACUUUCAACAAUUUUAUUUUUAGCUGGUGAUUUGGAAGAAAGUAUACAAAAUAUCUCUGUUAAGUUUUUAUUUCAGCUUGAAGAGCAAAGAUAUUCUGAACAAGAGCUUGAGGAUGUUAUUAAUAUACUUUUAAAAGAGUAUCUUGAUGCUUGGCCGGGAUUAAAGUUACAUAAUGAUGAAGAUGCUAAACGACAUCAUUUAGUAGCAAUGAUGCAUAUUUUUUCUUUUCUAUCUAAAAAACAUUUGGGAUCAGGAUUUGUUUUUGAUUUUCUUAUUGAUAGAAUCUCUGAUUCUCUUCAUUUUGCUACAGAUACUAAAAUAUUAAGGAAAACAGAUUUGAUUCAGCCAUUUUUUCAUUUUAAUACACAAGAUCUAUCAGAUAAUCAUGUGUAUUCAGGUUUAAAAUUUCCUAUGUUUAGGUUUGAAAGUAUUGAGAGUGAUUUAACAUGUUUUGCAUUAGAAAAUCUAUUUUCAAACUUUGGAAAAUAUUCUACUGUUGAAUUUUUUAAUUCUCUUCUUUAUAAAAUAAAGAUAUCAACAUCUGAACCACGUACAAAUGUUUUAAGAUGGAUUUUUCUAUGUAAUUUACGACAUAUGAUUCAUAAUUCUUCUCUUCAACAUGAUCAAAAUAUAAAUAUUAAUAUGGAAUCUAUAUAUACGAAUAUAUAUCCUGAUUCAUUAAAUUAUAUAUCAGAAUUUUCAUCUUAUAUGUAUGAUGAAGCUAUAGAUUGGAAUAUUUCUCAAGAUAAAGUUGUUCAUAUAUGUUUGGAUUUAGAAAUUAUAUCUUUGAUUGCUAAAAAACUUGGAAGACCGUUUAGAAAUGAAUUUGUUGAUUGUUUAUAUCCUAUUGUUGGUCUAUUAGGAAGCCAUUGUGAACCUAUAAUUCGACAUGCACGUAUAUGUUUAAAUAAUUUGACUGUAUAUUGUGAAUAUGAUUCAAUUCAGGAUUUAUUAAUAGGAAAUGUUGAUUAUUUAAUUAAUGCAAUUAAUUUAAAGCUAAAUACGUUUGAUGUUUUUCCUACUGGACCUGCUGUUUUGAUUAUUCUUUUGCGUUUGGUUGGUUUUACUAUGGUACCUUACUUGGAAGAUGUUGUUGAUUCUGUAUUUGCUAUUUUAGACAAUUACCAUGGAUAUUCUAAUAUUGUUUCUGUAUUUUUUUCAUUUCUAAAUGAAGUAGUUCGAAUCAAUGGGAUUGUUGAAAGGCCUAAGAUUUCUCAAGUAGUAUAUCAAGAUGAUAUUCAUAGUACAGGUCCAUGUUCAAAAGUUAUACAAAUUGUUACUAAAAUUCGUUCUUUAUAUCAUAGAAAUACAACAGAAAUAAUGGAAACCUCAUUUGAUUCAUUAAAUUAUUCUACUUCUUCAGAAAAUCUAUCAAAUGAUAUGAAUAAAGUAACUCUUAAAAUUAUUCAAAAAAUUUCAAAUAAAUCUCAAAUGUUUCUCAAUCAUCAAUCACCAAAUAUUCGUAAUGAAUUGUUAAAGAUGCUUUCUGUUUCAAUACCUUUUUUGGCGUCAGAUGAAAGAAGUUUUUUACCAUUUAUUAAUGAUAUUUGGCCUUUAAUUAUUGGCCAAUUGAAUCUAAAUGAAAUGACAUCAAUAAUUCUAUCAUCUUUGAAUGUUAUUGCAUUAUUAUGUGUUUACGCUAAGGAUUUUAUGACUUCAAGACUUUCUAAACAUGGGAUAAAGAUUUUAUGUAAUCUUUUAAAUGAAAGUUGUCAACAAGAUAUACACAGAAUUGUUAAUAGAUUUUCAAGAUCAGUAAAUAUUCAGAAUGGUAUUUUUGCAGUAUUUAAUUCUGUUAUUGAAAAUGUUAAAUUACCAGAUAAAUGUAUAGAUAAGAUAAUUGAAUCUGUAAUAUCUUUUUUGGGGAAAACAAGUAAAGAAUUGGAAAUAGAAGCAUUGAAAAUAACAUUAGAAAAAAAGUAUCCGGAUAAGCUUUGGUUAUCAAUGCUUUCUUUUGCUGAUUUUAGAGCAAAUAUACCUGUAUCAGUGGAUAAUCUUUUAUUUCCUGAUAUUGUUUUAUGAGUGAGUUAUUAGAUGUAGGAAAAGAAGCCAAUGAUUAGGCAUUUCA